AUGGAGUGGCAAAACGGCCGUAUUCUGGACGUCCUCUGGAAAUGUGAUACACUGUUGGUAGCCAUACUACAGAAGUUGGAUCAGCAUAAAAAUUAUCUGCAUAACACGGAUGAUCCAUUUCUAUGUACACAUGAGGACGACCGAAAAGUAUUUAACAUGUACAUGCGUAUCAGAGAAAAAGCUGUAGCAGCUAACAAAGGUAAGCUUUUUUGGCUUUUUACAAAUCCAAUCACAGGAGCUGUUUCGCGGUGA